AUGCAUUGUCCUAAUACGAGUAUCAGGAGCUUCUUCGGCAAUCCAGGCGGGUCCAAGGCAACACCACAGCAGGCGAAGCUAUCGUUCUCAUCAAAACUGGACAAGAAGUCUGCCAAGCAGAAGGAUGAGACGAGCAACGGAGAUACCAAAGAGGAGGAUGUCAAGGUGGAAGAUAACGAGACAAUCAAGGCAGAGGACCAGGACGACAAUGCGAGCAUCAAAGAGCAGCGGACACCUUCAUCAUCCCUGAAGAAGCGGCGUGCUUCUGAAGACAGCAAAGAGAACGUUUUAGAUGAAGACGAUGACGAGCCACCAAGUAAGAAGCAGCGACAGCAGCCGACCAAUGGUGCCAGCAAGAAAGGCAUGGCGAAGAAGGUGACAACGAAGAGCACCGAGCCAGCCAAGGCAGAGAGCGAGAACGAAGACGAGGAGCCGGUCAAGAAAGAGCAGAAGUCCACCUCCAAUGGCAAGUCAAAGGCAAUGAUCAAGCAGGAGGAUGCCGAUGAGAAUGACUCCGAAACCGAAUCUGCUGAAGAAGCAUCAGCAUCCGAGGAGGAAGAGGAAGACGUCAAGCCAGAAGUGGCGGCCAAGGUUCGUGCAAAGGUGCAGAGCACGCUCAAAGCCUCCGGCAAGGACCCAUACCCCGAUUGGAAAGCUGGCGAUCCUGUCCCAUACGCAGCGCUCUGCACGACUUUCUCCAAGAUUGAGAUGACCACGAAGCGACUGGAAAUCCUCGCACACUGCUCGCUAUUCCUCCGCCAAGUGCUGCGAUUGACACCAAAUGACCUCCUUCCGACGGUGCUUCUGAUGAUCGGCAAGCUGGCGGCCGAUUAUGCUGGGGUCGAACUGGGCAUUGGUGAGUCUCUCAUCAUGAAGGCGAUCGGAGAGACGACCGGACGCAGUCUUGCCAUCAUUAAAGAGGACCAGAGAAAGAUUGGAGAUCUCGGCUUGGUGGCAGCAAAGAGUCGUGGCAAUCAACCGACCAUGUUCAAGCCGAAACCACUCACCAUCCGCGGCGUGCACGAAGGUCUUCUGAAGAUUGCCGUUGUUGAAGGAUCUGGCUCUCAAGGCCGCAAAGUCGAUGCCAUCAAGAAGCUACUCGCAUCUGCCGAUGUCAAUAUCCCAAAAGGCCAAUCCAUCGACAUCACGGAGAACAAAGGAGGCCCGAGCGAGUCGAAAUUCAUCAUCCGUGCUCUAGAGGGCAAGAUGAGACUCGGAUUGGCCGACAAGAAUUUGCAGGUCGCCCUCGCCCAUGCAAUGGUCGCUCAUUCCGUAGCACAAGACGGCAAAAAGGUGCCUUCAGAGGAGGAGCUGAAGAAGGGCGAGGAGACGUUCAAAUCAGUCUACAGCGAGCUGCCAUCGUACGAACUGAUCGUACCGGCACUCCUAGAGAACGGUAUCUGGAAGCUACGAGGCUCACUCCGACUUCGCCCUGGUGUGCCGCUCAAGCCCAUGCUGGCGAAGCCGACAAAGUCCUUGGGAGAAGUGCUCGAUCGCUUCGAAGGCAAAGACUUCACUUGCGAGUACAAGUAUGAUGGCGAGCGAGCACAGAUCCACUUCGUCUCCCACGAUUCCGAUCUCGACUUUGCAACGACCGUAGCACCCACAGCUGGCAAAUCCGACCGUGGCGUCUCCAACAUCUUCUCCCGCAACAGUGAAGACCUGAGCAAGAAGUACCCUGACAUCCUCAGCAAGCUUCCGACCUGGGUCAAGCAUGGUACUACCAGCUUCGUCCUCGAUUGCGAGACUGUGGCGUGGGAUGUGGAGAAGAAGCACGUCCUCCCGUUUCAACAACUCAUGACCCGCAAGAAGAAGGACGUCAAAGCGGAAGAUGUCAAAGUCAAAGUGUGCGUCUUUGCCUUUGAUAUCCUCUACCUCAACGGCUCAGCUCUGGUCAACAAGUCCUUUCGCGAACGCCGCGAGCUGAUGUAUUCGGCUUUCUCCGAAGUCGAGGGCGAGUUUUCCUUUGCCAAAUUUGGCAACUCGCGCGAGAUCGAAGAGAUUCAAGUCCUGCUCGACGAGUCGAUCAAAGCGUCCUGCGAAGGUCUCAUGGUGAAGAUGCUCGACGGUCCAGAGUCCUACUACGAACCAUCUCGUCGCUCUCAGAACUGGCUGAAAGUCAAGAAAGACUACCUCGCCGGCGCCGGUGACUCCCUCGACCUCGUCGUGCUGGGUGCCUACUUUGGCAAAGGCAAGCGAACGAAUUGGUAUGGUGCCUUCACCCUUGCGUGCUACAACACCAGCAAGGAACAAUACGAAACAGUGUGCAACAUCGGCACGGGAUUCUCGGAAGCCAUUCUGGCGGAACUGUACGACCUCCUCUCCCCUCUUGCCAUCGACCGUCCGAAGCCCUUCUACGCCCACUCCGCGGGCAAGAACGAUCAGCCGGAUGUAUGGUUCGAGCCAAAGUUCGUGUGGGAGGUCAAGACGGCGGAUCUCACGCUGAGUCCGAGGUAUCGCGCGGCGGCGGAGGAGUUUGGAGGAGAUGGAGUGCACAAGGGUGUGAGUCUGAGAUUCCCGAGGUUUAUUAGGGUGAGGGAGGACAAGAAGCCCGAUGAUGCGACCAGCAGUCGUCAGGUGGCGGAGAUGUAUCGUCGACAGGAGAGCGUGGGCAAGGCGAGCAAGGGCGGGGUGGACGAUGAUUUCGAGUACUGA